AUGCUCCGCUCACUCGCUGUUUCUCUUUCGAUCGCUAAUUCUGCGCUUGCAGCCUAUUCAUUCGACCCCCUGGAGCAUCUCGCCGGCAUCGCGCCCUACUUUGAGCCCUCCGAUCCUCCGCUCGACCCGAAGCCUGCGCAAGGGUGCAAUGUAACCAGAGCAGCAUACCUCGUAAGGCACGCCGCCAUCUACGCGAACGACUUCGACUACGAGGAAUACAUCGAGCCAUUCACGGAUAAGCUGGGGAACACGAGCGUAGACUGGAGCAGAGCAGGCCCGCUCGCUUUCCUAGCAACAUGGCAGACGCCCAUCUCGGACUCGGAGAUUGAGGAUCUCACGAAGGUCGGCCAGCUAGAAUCAUACAAGCUGGGCGUGGACGUGAGCAUGAGAUAUCCGGGCUUGAAGCCGCCGCAGAAGGUGUGGACGUCGACGGCGGAGAGGACUACUCUGAGCGCGGACUCUUUCAUUGAGGGGAUCUCGACGAGCAAUGAUACGGAGCGUGUCUCUGUGCCCGAGAGCGCGGCGGAAGGCGCGGACUCGUUGACGCCAUACAAGGGCUGCCCGAAGUACAGCUCGUCGUUUGGAAGCGAGCAGUCGUCCGAAUACAAGAACACUUACACCACGCCGAUCAUGACACGAUUUCAUGAGCUCGCUCCGGAGUUCAAUUUCACCGCCGACGAUAUCGUAGGGAUGCAGCAGCUCUGCGGGUACGAGACAGUGAUCCGCGGCUCGUCGCCCUUCUGCUCGCUCGACGUCUUCUCGCCCAACGACUGGCUCGGCUUCGAAUACACGAACGACAUACAAUACUUCUACAACGCCGGUUAUGGGAACCAGAUAUCGGGAACCCUUGGCUUCCCGUGGGUGAAUGCCACGUCUUCGCUUCUGAUGGCGGACGAGGCCGGCCAGGACCUCUACGUGUCCUUCACCCAUCGCGAGCUACCACCCCCUGUCAUCGUCGCAUUGGGCCUCUUCAAUAACUCCGAGUUCUCCGGAAUGAACAACCCGAAUGCGACGAUGCCAUUGACUACGCAAAACUAUGGCCGCGUGUGGAAGUCGUCUGCUAUCCUGCCUUUUCUUACCAAUAUUGCAGUCGAGAAGAUGGCUUGCGAUAGUCCCGGCUACGAUGCUAGGGACUACUUCAGGGUCCUGGUGAACCAGAGCCCGCAGCAAUUGCCUGGUUGCGCUGAUGGCCCGGGCGAAAGUUGCUCGAAGGCAGCAUUCCAGGAGUUUGUGACAGCAAGAGGAGAAAUGUUUGGCAGCUAUACGGAAAGGUGUCAGCCCGAGUAUAACAACUCGACCGACGUGAUGACUAUCUACGGUCAGUAA